GCGGCGGCGGCGGCGGCGCCGAGAGCGUGAGCAGCCGCCCGGGAGCCGCCGGCCCGGGCUCAGAGCGACCCCGACCCGCCCGCCCGCCGCUGCCAUGGGCAACGAGGCCAGCCUGGAGGGCGGCGCCGGCGAAGGGCCAGUGCCUCCCGGCGGCCCCGGUCCCGGCCCCGGCCCGGGCCCCGGCGCAGGGAAGCCGCCUUCAGCACCGGCCGGCGGCGGACAGCUCCCCGCGGCGGGCGCUGCGCGGGCGGCCGCGGGACCACCGGGCCCCGGCCCAGGCCCGGGCAGCGUCUCCAGGAGACUGGACUCCAAGGAGCCCCUGGGCAGCCAGCGAGCAGCUUCGCCGACCCCAAAGCAGGCUCCUGGGGCUGCUCCCGGCCAUGAGAGCCCCUGGGAGACAGGGGCCCAGGGCCAGGAGGCUGGGGGCCCCCGCAGGACGCUGCAGGUGGACAGCAGGACGCAGAGAUCAGGGCGGUCCCCCUCUGUGUCACCAGACAGAGGCAGCACCCCCACGUCACCUUACUCGGUCCCCCAGAUCGCCCCCCUUCCCAGCAGCACACUGUGUCCCAUAUGUAAGACCUCGGACCUCACGUCGACCCCCAGCCAGCCAAACUUCAACACCUGCACCCAAUGUCACAGCAAGGUCUGCAACCAGUGCGGGUUCAACCCCAACCCCCACCUGACCCAGGUGCAGGAGUGGCUCUGUCUGAACUGCCAGAUGCAGAGGGCGCUGGGGAUGGACAUGACCUCGGCGCCGCGCUCCAAGAGCCAGCAGCAGCUGCACUCCCCCGCGCUGUCCCCUGCCCACGCCCCCGCCAAACCGCCCCUGGGGAAGCCGGAGCAAGAGAGGCCCCGGGGCCCCGGGGGACCACAGCCUGGGCCCCGCCCGGCUGAGACGGCCAAGGCCACCACAGUGCCGGGACCUGCCCAGGCAGCUGCCCCUCCCGAGGGGGGGAAGGUGUCUCCUCAGCCCCCUCACCCCGUCAAGCCUUCCACAGCCGAGCCCCGGCCCCCUGCGGGAGAGGCCCCGGGCAGAAGUGCCACCGCGGUGCCCUCCGGGCCUGGCGCUGCUGAGCAGGCCCAGGAGGGCCUCACCGGGAAGCUCUUCGGUCUCGGCGCGUCGCUGCUGACCCAGGCGAGCACCCUCAUGUCCGUGCAGCCGGAGGCCGACGCCCAGGGCCAGCCUGCCCCCAGCAAGGGGCCACCCAAGAUCGUCUUCAGUGAUGCCAGCAAGGAUGCUGGCCCGAGACCCCCAGGCUCAGGGCCCGGGCCUGGGCCUGCAGCUGGAGCCAAAGCUGAGCCUGCAGCCAGGGCAGGUGCCGUAUCAGGGCCCGGAGCCCCGGCGAGAACUGGGGGGACACCCAGCCCAAAGCAUGGCCGAGCAGAACAGCAGGCAGUGCCCAAGGCUGCUGCCAAGCCAAAGGCCAUGCCGAAGGACAGGCCCACCUGCCCACUGUGCCAAGCCGAGCUCAACGUGGGCAGCAAGGGCCCAGCCAACUACAACACCUGCACCGCCUGCAAGCUCCAGGUGUGCAACCUCUGUGGCUUCAACCCGACACCCCACCUGGUGGAGAAAUCCGAGUGGCUCUGUCUGAACUGCCAAACGAAGCGACUGCUGGAGGGCAGCCUGGGGGAGCCAGCCCCCCGCCCCCCGCCCGCCUCGCCGCAGCCCCCCACCGGGACCCCUCACCGUGCGGCCGGAACAGCCCCUCCGAAGCAGAAAGGGCCCCAGGGGCCGGGCCAGCCCUCAGGCCCCCUGCCCGCCAAGGCCAGCCCCCAAGCAAAGCCCCUCAGGGCUUCUGAGCCCAGCAGGACCCCGAGCAGUGCCCAGGAAAAGAAGACGGGGCCCCUGGCUAAAGCGGAGCCUGUGCCGAAACCACCUCCAGAGACUGCCCUGCCCCCUGGGACUCCUAAGGCAAAGGCCGGGGCGCGGAGGACCGAGCCCGCCACCCCCGCCGUCAAGGCUGCUCCAGAAGCCCCCAAGGGUGGGGAGGCCGAGGAGCUGGUGGGCAAGCCUUACUCCCAGGACCUGUCCCGGAGCCCACAGAGCCUCAGUGACACGGGCUAUUCUUCUGACGGCGUCUCCAGCUCCCAAAGCGAGAUCACCGGUGUGGUGCAGCAGGAGGGGGAGCAGCUGGACAGCGCAGGGGUGACCGGGCCCCGCCCGCCCAGCCCCUCCCAGCUCCACAAGACGGGCAGCGUGCGGCCUUCCCUGCAGGCCCAGGGCCCAGCCUCCAGUGGCGAGCGGAGCAAGGCGCCCCGCAGCAGCACUGAGGAGCAAAAGCGGCGGCCCCACUCCCUGUCCAUCAUGCCUGAGGCCUUCGACUCCGAUGAGGAGCUGGAGGACAUCCUGGAGGAGGAGGAAGACUCCCUGGAGUGGGGGCGCGAGAGGGAGCAGCGGGACACGGCGGAGUCCUCGGACGACUUUGGCUGCCAGCUGCGGCACGACUACGUGGAGGACAGCAGCGAGGGCGGCCUGUCCCCGCUCCCUGCCCAGCCCCCCGCCCGGGCAGCAGCGAUGACCGACGAGGAGUUCAUGCGGCGGCAGAUCCUGGAGAUGAGCGCCGAGGAGGACAACCUGGAGGAGGAGGACGCGGCCACCCCCAGGCAUGGCCUGGCCAAACACAGCACCCCGAAGGGCGGGCCCAGGCCCAGGCCCGAGCCCAGCCAGGAGGCAGCGGCACUGCCCAAGCGGCGCCUGCCCCACAACGCCACCACGGGCUACGAGGAGCUGCUCUCCGAGGGAGGCCCCGCAGAGGCCGUCGACGGCACCGGGGCCCUGCAGGGUGGGCUCCGCCGCUUCAAGACCAUCGAGCUCAACAGCACAGGCAGCUACGGCCAUGAGCUGGACCUGGCCCCAGGCGCUGACCCCGGCCUGGACCGCGAGCCGGAGCUGGAGAUGGAGAGCCUGACGGGCUCGCCUGAGGACCGCUCCCGUGGGGAGCACUCCUCCACGCUGCCCGCCUCCACGCCCAGCUACACCUCGGGCACCUCGCCCACCUCCCUGUCUUCCCUGGAGGAGGACAGCGACAGCAGCCCCAGCCGCAGGCAGCGCCUGGAGGAAGCGAAGCAGCAGCGCAAGGCCCGGCACCGCUCCCACGGGCCCCUGCUGCCCACCAUCGAGGACUCCUCGGAGGAGGAGGAGCUGCGGGAGGAGGAGGAGCUGCUGCGGGAGCAGGAGAAGAUGCGGGAGGUGGAGCAGCAACGCAUCCGCAGCACCGUCCGCAAGACGCGGCGCGACAAGGAGGAGCUUCGGGCCCAGCGCCGGCGUGAGCGCUCCAAGACGCCCCCCAGCAACCUGUCGCCCAUCGAGGACGCCUCCCCCACGGAGGAGCUGCGGCAGGCGGCCGAGAUGGAGGAGCUGCACCGCUCCUCCUGCUCCGAGUACUCGCCCUCGCCCUCCCUGGACUCGGAGGCCGAGGCCCUGGACGGCCCCGCCCGGCUCUACAAGUCAGGCAGCGAGUACAGCCUGCCCACCUUCAUGUCCCUCUACUCGCCCACAGAGCCGCCCGCGGGCAGCUCCGGCAUCCCCAGCGCCGGGCGGCCCCUCAAGAGCGCCGAGGAGGCCUAUGAGGACAUGAUGCGGAAGGCCGAGCUGCUGCAGCAGCGGCAGCAGGGCCAGGCGGCCGGGGGCCGAGGGCCCCAGGGUGGCCCCUCUCAGCCCGAAGGCCCCCGGGCCCAGGGCUCCUUUGAGUUCCAGGAAGCCCCAGACCGUGACUACAGCCGGGCUGCCCCGCUGCCUGCGGAGGGCGUGCCCGCCGGCCUGGGCGCAGCCGUGUACGAGGAGACCCUGCAGACGUCCCAGAGCCUGGCCCGCGGGCGGCAGGCCUCCUCCCGAGACCUGGCCUUCGCCGAGGACAAGAAGGAGAAGCAGUUUCUGAACGCCGAGAGUGCGUACGUGGACCCCAUGAAGCAGAACGGCGGCCCGCUCACCCCGGGCACCAGCCCCACCCAGCUCGCUGCCCCCGUGCCCUUCUCCACCUCCACCUCCACCUCCUCCGACAGCAGUGGCGGCCGGGUCAUUCCUGACGUCCGAGUUACCCAGCAUUUUGCAAAGGAGCCUCAGGACCCCCGCAAGCUGCACAGCUCUCCCGCCUCCCCCAGCUCUGCCUCCCAGGAGGCCAGCACAGCCUUUCCCCAGGGCCCGGGGGCCCCAGCCACCACGGCUCGAGGGUAUGUGACUCUGGCAUCGCCUGCAGGCUCCGAGCGCAGCCCCUCACCAUCUGCCACAGCCCACGGCUAUGGGCAGAGCCCGACUACCGCAAACUAUGGAUCCCAAACGGAGGAGAUGCCCCAGGCGCCCAGUGGUCCUGCUGCCGCCAGAGAGAAGCCCCUGCGUGUGAGUGACGGCAAGGGCGGCCCCGCCCCGCCCUCCCAGGGAUAUGCCUACUUCACGGGCUCCAGCCCACCGCUCUCCCCAUCUUCUCCUUCAGAGAGCCCCACCUUCUCCCCUGGCAAGCCGGGCCCCAGGGCCACAGCCGAGUUCUCUACACAGACGCCAAGCCUGGCCCCUGCCUCGGACAUGCCGCGGAGCCCUGGCGCCCCCACCCCAUCCCCCAUGGUGGCGCAGGGCACGCAAACGCCACACGGACCCGGCGCGCCCCGCCUGGCGUGGCAGCAGUCCUCUCGGGAGGCCCCCUUCAUGGUCAUCACACUGGCCUCAGCGGCCUCCAGCCAGACCAGGAUGGUUCAUGCCAGUGCCUCCACCUCCCCGGUGUGCUCCCCCACCGACACGCAGCCCACCCCCCACGGCUACAGCCAGACCACCCCUCUGAGUGCGUCUCCGCUGCCCUCAGAGCCUCCUGGGCCGCCUGGCUUCCCGCGGGCGGCCAGUGCCGGUGCGGAUGGGCCCCUGGCGCUGUACGGCUGGGGCGCCCUCCCUGCCGAGAACAUCUCCCUGUGCCGGAUCUCCUCCGUCCCGGGAACGUCCAGGGUGGAGCCCGGCCCCAGGCCCCCGGGCAGUGCCGUGGUGGACCUCCGCACGGCCGUCAAGCCCACGCCCAUCAUCCUCACUGACCAGGGCAUGGACCUGACCUCUCUGGCCGUGGAAGCGAGGAAGUACGGCCUGGCCCUGGACCCGGGCCCCGGGCGGCAGUCCACAGCGGUGCAGCCGCUGGUCAUCAACCUCAACGCCCAGGAGCAGACCCAGGCCUUCAUCGGCACGGCCACCACCGUGAGCAUCACCGUGGCCUCCUCUGUGCUCCUGGCUCAGCAGAAGCAGCCUGUGGUCUAUGGAGACCCCUUCCAGAGCCGCCUCGACUUCGGCCAGGGCACAGGUAGCCCCGUGUGCCUGGCCCAGGUCAGGCAGGUGGAGCAGGCCGUCCAGACAGCCCCGUACCGAGGUGGGCCCCGGGGAAGACCCAGGGAGGCCAAGGUUGCCAGGUAUAACCUGCCCAGCCAGGUGGCACCUCUGGCCAGAAGAGAUGUUUUGAUCACUCAGAUGGGCACUGCUCAGAGCGCUGGCCUCAAGGCAGGCCCUGUGCCAGAGCUGAGUGCCAGGAAGCCACACACGGUGCUGGUGCAAAUGGCAGAGGGCACGGCAGGCACUGUGACCACGCUGCUCCCGGAGGAGCCGGCGGCCGCCGUGGACCUCACGGGGAUGAGGCCCGAGAGCCAGCUGGCGUGCUGCGACGUGGUCUACAAGUUCCCCUUCGGCAGCAGCUGUACGGGCGCUUUCCACCCCGCCCCCAGCGCCCCCGAGAAGAGUGGGGCCGAGGCCGCCCCACGGGCCCAGAGCAGUGGCCCCUUCUACAGCCCGCGGGACCCGGAGCCCCCCGAGCCCUCCACCUACCGGGCCCAGGGGCUGGCGGGGCUUGGGCACCCUGAGGAGCAGAGGUCCUACCCACUGGGCCUCCCAGGCAGGCUGUACUCCUCCAUGUCUGACACCAAUUUGGCUGAGGCCAGCUUCAAUUACCACGCCCACAGGAUGGGGCAGCUCUUCCAGGGCCCGGGGCGAGACUCGGCCAUGGACCUCAGCUCGCUGAGGCAGUCCUACAGCCUGGGCUUUGCGGACGGGCGCUACCUGGGGCAGGGCCUGCAGUACGGCUCGUUCACGGACCUGCGCCACCCCACAGAGCCCUUGACUCACCCGCUGCCCAUGCGGCGCUACAGCUCCGUGUCCAACAUCUACUCAGACCACAGGUAUGGCCCCCGGGGAGAAGCCGCGGGCUUCCAGGAGGCCAGCCUGGCCCAGUACAGCGCCACCACAGCCCGCGAGAUCAGCCGCAUGUGCGCGGCCCUCGACUCCAUGGACCAGUAUGGAGGGCGGCGUGGCAGUGGCAGUGGCGGCCCUGACCUCAUGCAGUACCAGCCCCAGCCUGGGCCUGGGCUCAGCGCCCCACAGGGCCUGGGCCCACUCAGACCUGGCCCCUUUGGGAACCCCACCUUCCCGGAGGCCCACCCGAACCCUGGGGCCCUGCCCCAGUACAGGCCUGCGGCCCAGGGAGCGGCCGUCCGACAGCUGCUGCCAUCCACGGCCACCGUGCGUGCCGCCGACGGCAUGAUCUACUCGACCAUCAACACCCCGAUUGCGGCGACACUGCCCAUCACCACCCAGCCCGGCUCGGCGCUGCGGCCCAUGGUGCGUGGCGGCCUGUACCGGCCCUACGCAUCGGGCGGGGUCGCGGCUAUGCCGCUCAGCAGCCUCACACGCGUGCCGGCGAUUGCCCCCCGGGUGCCUCUGUACCGAUACCCUGCCCCAAGCAGGUUCCCCCCCGUGUCCGGCAUGCCGCCCGCCGAGGGUCCCGUCUACCUGGGGAAACCUGCUGCUGCGAAGGCGCCCGCGGCCGGGGGCCCAGCGAGGCCAGAGCCGCCAGGAGGGGCCGCCCGGCAAGAGCCUUUUUCCACAGCCACGCCUGCUGCCGCCAAGGAGGUGGUGGCUGCUCCGGCCCCGGCGCCCCUGGCCGGCCAGAAGCCAGCAGGAGAUGCUGCUCCCGCGAGCGGCAGUGGGGCCCCCGGCCGGCCAGGAGGAGAGGAAGCGUCGCAGGAGGAGAGGCAGCGGAAGCAGCAGGAGCAGAUGCUGCAGCUUGAACGGGAGCGCGUGGAGCUGGAGAAGCUGCGGCAGCUGCGGCUGCAGGAGGAGCUCGAGCGGGAGCGCGUGGAGCUGCAGAGGCAUCGAGAGGAGGAGCAGCUGCUGGUGCAGCGGGAGCUGCAGGAGCUGCACACCAUCAAGCACCACGUGCUGCAGCAGCAGCGGGAGGAGCGCCAGGCCCAGUUCGCCCUGCAGCGGGAGCAGCUGGCGCAGCAGCGCCUGCAGCUGGAGCAGAUCCAGCAGCUGCAGCAGCAGCUGCAGCAGCAGCUGGAGGAGCAAAAGCAGAGGCAGAAGGCCCCCUUCCCCGUGGUCUGUGACGGACCCGGCCGAGGGCCUCCCCCGGCGGCCAACGAGCUGGCUCAGAAUGGCCAGUACUGGCCGCCCCUGACCCACGCGGCUUUCAUCGCCGUGGCAGGACCCGAGGGGCCGGGGCAGCCCCGGGAGCCCGUGCUACACCGUGGCCUCCCCAGCUCUGCCUCAGACAUGUCGCUGCAGACGGAGGAGCCGUGGGAGGCCGGCCGCAGUGGCCUCCGGAAGCGCCACUCGAUGCCACGGCUGCGGGACACCUUCGAGGCGGAGCCGGGGCCCGAGCCCGGUCCGGUCAGGAGGAUUGCGGACAGCAGCGUGCAGACGGACGACGAGGACGGGGAGGGCCGCUACUUCCUGAGCCGGCGGCGCCGCACCCGGCGGAGCGCAGACUGCAGCGUGCAGACGGACGAGGAGGACAACGCCGAGUGGGAGCAGCCCGUGCGCCGCCGCCGGCCCCGCCUCUCCCGCCACUCGGACUCAGGUUCGGACAGCAAGCACGACGCUGUGGCCUCGUCUUCUACAGCCGCCCCCGCCAGGGCCACGAGCAGCGUGGGCAUCCAGACCAUCAGCGACUGCUCCGUGCAGACGGAGCCUGACCAGCUGCCCAGGGUCUCUCCCGCCAUCCACAUCACGGCGGCCACUGACCCCAAGGUGGAGAUCGUCAGGUACAUAUCGGCGCCGGAGAAGACUGGGCGCGGCGAGAGCCUGGCCUGCCAGACGGAGCCGGACGGGCAGGCCCAGGGCGGGGCCGGGCCGCAGCUCGUAGGGCCCGCCGCCAUCAGCCCCUACCUGCCCGGCAUCCACCUCGUCACCCCAGGGCCCCUGGGCAGAUUCGAGAAAAAGAAGCCGGAUCCCCUGGAGAUCGGCUACCAGGCCCACCUGCCCCCGGAGUCCCUUUCACAGCUGGUGAGCCGCCAGCCUCCCAAGUCCCCUCAGGUCCUCUACUCGCCAGUCUCGCCCCUGUCCCCACACCGGCUCCUGGACGCGCCCUUUGCUUCCAGCGAGAGGCUGAGCAAGGCUCACGUGAGUCCCCAGAAGCACUUCGCGGCCGACGGCACGCUCCGCCAGCAGACGCUGCCUCGCCCCGUGAAGACCCUGCAGCGGUCUCUGUCCGACCCUAAGCCCCUCAGCCCCACCGCCGAGGAGUCUGCCAAAGAGAGGUUCUCCCUCUACCAGCACCAGGGGGGGCUGGGGAGCCAGGUGUCGGCGCUGCCGCCCAACGGCCUGGUCCGCAAGGUGAAGCGGACACUGCCCAGCCCUCCCCCCGAGGAGGCCCACCUGCCCCUGGCUGGCCAGGCCCCCCCCCAGCUGUACGCGGCCAGCCUGCUGCAGCGGGGGCUGCCCGCCGCUGUCCCCGCCAAGGCCAGCCUGCUCCGGGAGCUGGACCGGGACCUGCGGCUGGUGGAGCAUGAGUCCACCAAGCUGCGCAAGAAGCAGGCAGAGCUGGACGAAGAGGAGAAAGAGAUCGACGCCAAGCUCAAGUACCUGGAGCUGGGCAUCACGCAGCGCAAGGAGUCUCUGGCCAAAGACCGGGGCGGCCGCGACUACGCGCCCUUGCGAGGUCUGGGGGAGCAUCGGGACUACCUGUCGGACAGCGAGCUCAACCAGCUGCGGCUCCAGGGCUGCGCCACGCCCGGACAGUACGCAGACUUCCCCAUCUCCGCCGCGGCUCCCGCCACCCCCUCCGGCCCCGCUGCCUUCCAGCAGCCCCGGCUCGCCGCUCCGGCCCCGCAGUACUCUGCAGGCAGCGCCGGGCCGACUCCCAACGGAUUCCCAGCCCACCAGGCACCUGCCUACCCUGGCCCCAGCACGUACCCAGCGCCUGCCUUUCCUCCUGGCACCAGUUACCCUGCUGAGCCUGGUUUGCAAAGCCAGCAGGCUUUCCGGCCCACAGGCCAUUAUGCAGCCCAAACACCCAUGCCAACCACACAGAGCACCCUUUACCCAGUCCCGGCCGACAGCCGUGCCCCCCAUCCAAAGCCACGCCAGACAUCACUAGCCGACUUGGAGCAGAAGGUGCCCACCAACUACGAAGUGAUCGCCGGCCCCGCCGUGGCCAUGUCGUCAGCCCCGUCCGAAACCGGUUACAGUGGCCCCGUGAUGAGCAGCAGCUACGAGCAGAGCAAGACCCCAGAGCUGCCCCGGGCCAGUGACCGCAGCAGCACGGGCCCAGCGCCCACCUACCCCUCUGACUCUCACUACGCCAGCCUGGAGCAGACCGUCCCUCGGAACUAUGUGACGAUCGAUGACAUCAGUGAGCUGACCAAGGACAGCACCUCCACGGCCCUGGACAGCCAGCGACUGGAGCUCCUGGGCCCGAGCGGCGGUGGGCGUCCAGGGAAGGAGCCAGGAGAGCCAGGGGCCCUUGAGGGGCCCACACUGCCCUGCUGCUAUGCCCGGGGGGAGGAAGAGUCCGAGGAAGACGCUUACGACCCCCGUGGAAAGAGCGGCCCCCACCGGGGCAUGGAGAGCGACGGCCGGGCCGCCAGCACCCACUACUACGGUGACAGCGACUACCGCCAAGGGGCUCGCGCAGACAAGUACGGUCCAGGCCCCACGGGGCCCAAGCACCCCUCCAAGAGCCUGGCCCCGGCCGCCAUCUCGAAGCGCAGCAAGCACCGGAAGCAGGGCAUGGAGCAGAAGGUCUCCAAGUUCUCGCCCAUCGAAGAAGCCCGGGAUGUGGAGUCAGACCUGGCCUCCUACCCUCCCGCCGCGGGCAGCAGCGGCCUGGCCCUCCGGGGCAGGAGGUUCCAGGACGAAAUCACCUACGGGCUCAAGAAGAACGUGUAUGAGCAGCAGAGGCACUACGGGGCGGCCAGCCGGGACGCCGUGGAGGAGGACGACCGCGUGUACGGCGGGAGCAGCCGGUCCCGGGGCCCCGCGGCGUACAGCGGGGAGAAGCUGUCCAGCCACGACUUCGGCAGCCGGGGCAAGGGCUACGAGCGGGAGCGCGAGGCUGUGGAGCGCCUUCAGAAGGCAGGCCCCAAGCCCUCCUCCCUGAGCAUGGCCCACGGCCGGGCCCGGCCCCCCAUGCGGAGCCAGGCCUCGGAGGAGGAGAGCCCCGUCAGCCCCCUGGGACGGCCCCGCCCCGCGGGGGAUGCCCUCCCUCCUGGAGACACCUGCCCGCAGUUCUGCUCCAGCCACUCCAUGCCCGACGUCCAGGAGCACGUCAGGAACGGCCCGCGGGCCCACACGUACAAGCGCGAGGAGGGCUACCUCCUGGACGAUGCCCACUGUGUGGUGUCCGACAGCGAAGCGUAUCACCUGGGCCAGGAGGAGACGGACUGGUUCGAUAAGCCCCGGGACGCCCGCUCGGACCGCUUCAGGCACCACGGGGGCCACGCAGCCGCCUCCUCCCAGAAGCGCGGCCCCGCCAGGCACAGCUACCACGACUACGACGAGCCCCCCGAGGAGGGCCUGUGGCCGCACGAGGAGGGGGGGCCAGGCCGCCACGCCGGAGCGAAGGAGCACCGGCACCACGGAGACCACGGGCGGCACCCAGGCCGCCACGCCGGCGAGGAGCCAGGCCGGCGCGCUGCCAAACCACACGCUCGGGACCCGGGCCGCCACGAGGCCCGGCCUGCCCCUCAGCCCGGCCCGGCCACGACCACGCAGAGGAAGGGCCAGCCCGGGUACCCCAGCUCCGCCGAGUACGCGCAGCCGCCCCGUGCGCCCUCAGCCUACCACCACGCCUCCGACAGCAAGAAGGGCUCCCGGCAGGCCCCGCAGCCCAAGCCAGAACCCCAGCCACAGCCGCAGGCUCGCCAGGCGCCUCCAGGGCCUCAGCCGGCCCAGCAGCCUCCGGCCAGGCAGACGCCUGCAGCAGCAGCAGCAGCAGCACGUGCGCCUCAGCCCCAGCCCCAGCCCCAGCCCCAGCCGCAGGGCCCCGGGCCACAGCCCCCCCAGCAGACGCCACAGGCGCGGCCACAGCAGCAGGGCCAGCCAGCCGCCCGGGGUCCCGCCCCUGCCGCCAGCCAGCCAGCCGGGAAGCCUCAGCCGGGCCCCGCGGCCGCCGCAGGCUCCCAGCCAGCAGGAGCGCCGCGGACAGAGCAGACCACUGGCUCUAAAGGGGCAGCCAAAGCGGCCCAGCAGGGGAGGCCCCCGCAGGCUCAGCCACCGCCAGGACCUGGACCUGCAGGUAUGAAAGCUGGAGCCAGGCCCGGAGGCACCCCAGGGGCUCCCGCUGGCCAGCCAGGGGCCGAAGGGGACAGCGUGUUCUCCAAGAUCCUCCCCGGGGGGGCCGCGGAGCAGGCGGGCAAACUGACAGAAGCGGUCUCUGCUUUUGGCAAAAAAUUCUCCUCGUUCUGGUGACCCUGCCCGGAGGGGCUCUCAGGCUCUCGAUGAGAUGGAGGGAGGUGGCGUCGUUGUUGUGGAAAACGUCUGGAGUCCGAGGCCUGGGCGCAGCUCUGGACUCUGCGUAUAACACAUCUACAAUCUGGCGCACCCUUGGCUCCCAGACUCGCCGGAGGGACGGACAUGGUGGGCGGCCUCCGCUGGACAAGUGGGACCACCUGCCGGACCCCUGCUUGACUUUCCGGAGCCCCUGCUCUCCUGGGGCGCCGCUUUCAGGCCGGGGAGGGAAGAGCCUCUUUGCAGACCCUGCGGCCUGGCCAGCCGGCUUCCCAUGCGUUAUACACAGAGUUGGCUCACGCUGCCUUUCCCACAGACGCUGCCUCCCUCCACGCGGCCAGUUCUUCCACAGCCUGGGACUGAGAGCUGGGCCCCGGCCGUUUCCUCCACAUUCCAGCUGGCCCACCUCCCUCUGCAGCCGCAGGGCCCUGCCCCACAGCCUGCCCUCCGGUGACAUCGGAGCAGACUUCCGUGUGCUGUCGUGGGUCGGGAGGACUUGACAAACACUAGGACCUAACACUGUCUCCUUGCUGGAACCAGAGGCCAUAGCACCGAAAUGCAGCGUGGGCCCUGGCUGAGGCUCCCGCAGCCCACGGUGGCAGUGCCCGCGCGGGCCGCCAUCUCAAAGCCAUUCCCCAGCCAUCGCUCCCGGGCACCGCCAUCGUCUCGACAGCUGGCUCCCCCCUCACACCUGGGGGUUUCCUUUGAUUUCGAGAGCAGCCUUAACAUUUCAGUUGGUUUACGUGUAUACCUCAUGAACAUUUUCUUUGGUUUCUCCUUCUCCCUCCGCCUCUCCUUUGCUCACCCCUGGACUCCCCUCCCUCCACCCCUCCGUGACUGACGGUUUGGUCCCUCGCUGCUCAGUCCCUGCUCAGCACAGGGAGGAGGCUGACUCCGAAGCAAUAGUGGGCAGCAGGCCGCCCAGAGCACACCCUGGGGCGAGGCCUCGGGAGCCCGCCGCCUGUUUACUGUGCAAUCCAGUCCUUCUUAAGCCAUCACCAGGGCGGCUCUCAGCAGAGGCCAGGCUUCUGGCCGGGGCGGACCCAGCGCCCUGGACUGGGGAGUGUGGCUCCCUCCACCCACCUGGUGGACUGGGCGGCCGCCCUCCCAGGCCCUGCCCUCGGAGACUUUCUGUCUCUUGGGCACAGCCACAGUCUCAUCUCUAACGUUCUAUGCAAUGAAAUAGAAACCCUCAAAGACAACUGUUAAUAUUUAAUAAAUUCCAUGUUAUGUAUAAGGAGUUCAUUGCAAACAUGCAAUUGAGAAACUGGAUAGAUAUGCUCAUAUCAGACCCCUCCUGCCGCCUGCUCCCCCAUGGCUCUGUCUGUGGCAUGUUUGACCCGUGGCCGGCGCUGACACCGGCGAGUCGCUGCCCCGUGGAGCAUGCGCUCGCAGCCUCUUUGCACGCUCUCACCCACUUUCAAUGCCCGACCCUCUUGCUUGGAGUCCUUGUUGCCUCAGAACCUCCCCUUCAGGAGCGUCCGCUGCCUGUGCACGAGCGAGCAGGGGCCUGCCGGGGUGUGCCGGAGCUCGCCAAGAUGGCAGGCGAGAGGUCUCAGUGGACACGGUGAGGCCUGCUCAGGGAGUGUGCGCGGGAGCAUUCAGAAGGCUCCCCUCACCCAGCCUUGAGCCAGAGGCAUCCGGCCACCCCUACCCUCGGGGGCAGAGCUGGGCUAUGUCUAUGGCCUGACAGGCCCAGGGCAGGGCCUGGCUGUGUCCUAGGGCCCCAGGCCCUGGCUGUCUGCUCCAGGCCCCUUCCCUGUGGCUGGAGGCGCAGAGGUCUGUGAGCCAGGAGGUGGCUCCAGGGGUCAAAGGGUGCUCAGGAGAGCUGGACAUCAGGCCCUCGUGGCGAGGGCAGCUGAAAAGGUCAUCUCGGACCGAGCAGGUGCCCCCAUAGGCAGCGGCUGCAAGCCCAGUGUCUUGGGAGGCUUCAUAGCAAACCUUGAGGCCUUCUGCCUCUGUCCCCAGGACCUGCACUCCUGCCACCCUCAUCGCUGCGUCCCUGCCACUGAGCCAGGAGCCGGCAGGGUGGCUGCCGCCCCGGCCCGGCCCCUCCGCGCUCUGGUUUGCACCAUGCAUUUCUCAGGGUCCACAUUUCCAUGCUUCCCAUAAGGUCUACAUGGCCCUACAGAGGGAUCCUGGCCGCUUCGGGGGGGGAUAGGAGGUGUCAACCUCUGUGUUGGGCCUGAGACCCUGGUCCUCCAGGAUUUGGGCCUCACGCAUCCCAUGGCACUUGCCUCCUCUGAGACCAGGCCUGGGCUCCGGGCGGCGACCUGAGCAAGGGCUGAGGGGGGCCACCUCCAUCACCUCUGACUGCCCAGGGCCAGCUGGGUACUUGGGGCCCGCAGCAGCUCUCCUGCCACUGAAGCCGGGGGUGGGCAGGAGCAGGCAGGUGGCUGCAGGUGGCUCCAUCAGACCCGGCCUCAGGCUCUGACAUGCUAACUUUUCAGCAAAUUUCCUUCUGGCCGAGCCCUCCGAGUUUGAAAGGUCUGACAUCUGUCCCUUCCAUCCCCAGCGGACGCACAGGUCAUACCUGUGCCUUCACUGGAGCAGGCCUCGGCACAGGCGUCCUGGCCCUGUGGAUGCUAAGGGACCAGCACUCGGGGCCGUGGGCAGUGGGGAGCCCCGGGCAUAUCUCCAACAGGAAAGGGUCCCUAGGACGCCGUCCAGGCCUCUGCAUACCGGCCGCCCAGCGUCAGAAGCAAGGGAUUCAUUUCACAGCGACACCCCCUCCCCGCCAUCUGCUCCGUCCGGGGAGAGCGAGGUCUCAGCUGUGCUGAGGGCAGCAUGGCAGCCUGGCCCCGCCCGCCCUGUAUCCCCUCCCCCACUUUGUAAAUAGGUGUCAUCGUGGACUCGACAGGGUCAGAGUGACAGGCCUGGUCAACUGAAACUCCUCAGAGAUGUCACCCGUCUCCCUGGGCACCCAGCCUGCCCCCUGAGAGCCGUGGAAGUGGUGACACCGUGCGUGCAUGUGACCCGGUGUGAGUGGGUGUGUGUGUCUGCCUCCAGCUUCUGACCCCGUCAGCCCCCUGCAGGUGCGGUGCCCUGGCUGUGGCCGCCCAGCCUCGCCCCUGCUGGCUGCCUCUCUCCUCCCCCACUCCUUCCCUUCAGUCCCUCCCCCCCUUUCUUUCUCUCCUUCUUUAUCUGAGGGGGGGGGGAGUGCUGUACAGUCACACAAACAAGUUUACAGUUGUAAGUGCAAUGACCGAGCCCUCCACAUGACCUUGUGAAGUGUGUGCGUCCUCCGUGCCCGUGAGAACUCGUGCUACUUCCGUGUCCCUCCCCUGUGCUGUGACGAGGUAACUGUGGCAUCAGAAUAAAGGACUUGAUAUCCACA